CCAUUGUACAUCGAAUAUUGAGUGGAUGAGUCGCUUGUCGCGCCUAAUUUACAUAAUUUGUGUUUUUUUGGAAAUGAUUAAAACAAUAUGUUGAAUGUGAUCUAUUCUAUGUACGUUACCACGUAGCCGUGUUGGAAAAGUAUAGUUCGUUGCGCAUUACUAAGCCCAUUCUAGAUGUAUAAAAGGUAACCUCUAUAAGCCCAGCCAGUGCUAAGCUUUCAGGUGUUCAGGCGGAUUGUUGUUCGUGUUGUUUGUGUUACCCACGUGCACUGAAACAUGAGGGAACGUUGACUGAGUGCGUUUAAGUUUUAGUUUCGGCCGAACACGCGGUUUCAUGCACAACACCAGCCAGUUAACAAUUAUGGUUUUGUAAGGUCUGAAUAAGAUGAGUAAACGCAGAAGGACUAGUUCUAUCGCAAGUAGGAACCACGAGGAUGAUUCAUUGGACAGUGUUGAGGCGUCUACUAGCAGUGGACCUACCAUGCGGAAGAGGAGGAAACUUCAGGACCCAGCUGAACUGUGUCAUCAGUUGUAUGACACAAUCAGGAACCACAAGAAAAACGACGGUACUUUACUAUGUGAUCUGUUUAUAAGGGUACCCAAGCGCAGACAAGAACCAGGAUAUUACGAUGUAGUUAGCAAUCCCAUGGAUUUACUCAAGGUUCAGCAGAAAUUAAAGACAGAUGAAUACAUUGACUUAGAUGACUUACAAAGUGAUAUAGAGCUUAUUGUGAAUAACACUAAGGCAUUUUACAAACGGAACACACAAGAGUACAAGGAUGCCGUCGAGCUUUGGGACCUUUUUAUCACGUCAAAAUCAAGACUACUCAACGGCAAAGACGAGGAGGAAACAAGGUCCACACGCACCCCGAACAACAGGAACAGGCAGCCCAAACGGACGCCGGUGCGCGAGAACCACAGGAACGACGUGAACGAUCACAACGACAAUUCCCGCGUAAACGACGUCGAACAGGACGAGUUCGAGCAGCUGUACAGGGCGGUCACCACGGCCGUGGACAGCGACAAGAAGCCCCUGCACACGUUCUUUCAAGUGCUGCCGUCGAAGAAACGUUACCCGGACUACUACGAGGUGGUCGAGACGCCCAUCGACCUGCGGAUGGUGGCCGACAAGAUGCACCACAAGAAGUACAAUCUGCUGGUCGAGAUGGAACGGGACCUGCUGCUGAUGACCAAGAACGCCUGCCUGUACAACGAGCCCGGCUCGCAGAUUUUCAAGCACGCGAAGGCGCUGAGGAAGGUGAUACAGAUGAAGAGGAUCGAAAUUGAGGAUCAGCCGAAGGCCACGCCGGCCAAAAUGACGGGCAGGCGUUCGGUGAACAGUAACAACGUGACGCCCAAGCUGACACGGUCCAGGGGCAGUACGCCGGUCAUCAAGAACGACGACAAGAAGAACGACAUUGAUCACGACGACCUCGACGAUACCAUUGACGAUGAUGGGACGGCGAUAGACUCGAGCAACCCCCUGUGGCAACUGUUCGACUCAGUGAAGUCAGUGACAAGCAGCAAUGGUGUGCCAUUGAGUGAGCCGUUCUGGCGUCUGCCGUCGCGACGCUUUUACCCGGACUACUAUCGCGAAAUCAAGAACCCGGUGUCGCUCACGCAGAUCAAACGAAAACUUGUGAAAAGUGCUUACGGUAACUUGAGUGAGGUGGCCGGUGAUCUGACUAUUAUGUUCGAGAAUGCCAAAAAGUACAACAUACCCACGUCCAAACUUUAUAAGGAUGCUGUUAAAUUGCAGAAGAUAAUGCAAUGCAAAGUUCAAGAACUACUUGAUAUAGAUCAGGUAACGCAAAGAAACACUAACAAAAACCGGAAGGGCUCUGAUAGUGACCUAGAGGAUAAAAUAAUAGUGCCGGUACGGAAAAAACCGGGACCAAAACCAAAAAAUUCGUUCAAUCCCAACUCCCCAGGCAGAGGACGUCCGCCCAAGGAUUCAAUCCCAUUGAAAAAGAGGCUACACGCUUUAGGAAAAUAUAUGUUAGAAUUUACUUGUGAGGACGGUCGUAAACCGAUGUUGGCCUUCAUGCAGAAACCGUCGAAGAAGCUGUACUCCGAUUACUACGACGUAAUCGCCGAACCCAUAGACUUUUUAGAAAUCGAAUCGAAAAUCAGGGCGGACCAGUACAGCUGCGAAUUGGACCUAGUUAAAGAUUUCAAACUGAUGUUUUCGAAUUGUCGACAAUAUAACGAGGAGAACUCGACCAUCUACGAUGACUCUCUGAUGCUGGAGAAACAUUUAAUGGACAAAGUCGGACAUUUGUUCACGACGCCGGAAAAGGACCGCAAAGACCGCAGGGUGUACAAAGCCCGAACGAAACACCAGAUCUCACCGUUGGAGAGGAACAUGAAGACUCUGUACGAGUCGAUCAGGGAUUACAAGGAGCCGAAGAGCAGCCGACAGCUCUCGCAGAUAUUCAUGAAGCUGCCGUCGAAAAUCGAAUACCCCGACUACUACGAGGUGAUCCAGAAGCCCAUCGACAUGGACCGGAUAUCCCACAAAAUGAAGACGAACCAGUACGAGACGCUCGAGGAUCUCGUGGCCGAUUUCGUGCUGAUGUUCGACAACGCGUGCAAGUACAACGAGCCGGACUCGCAGAUCUACAAGGACGCGCUGAUGUUGCAGCGUGUCUGCAUGCAGACCAAGCUGCUGCUCAAGGAGGAGGAUAACACGGUGCCGGACGUGGCCAGCGCCAUACAGGACAUACUUCUGACGUUGUUCACCACCGUGUACAAUCACCAGGACGAGGAGGGACGGUGCUACUCCGACUCGAUGGCCGAGCUCCCCGAACACGACGAAAUCGAGAACAAGAAGGUACGCGCCUUGUCUCUGGACCUCCUCAAACGUCGCCUGGACAAGGGUGUCUACCGGCGACUGGACACGUUCCAGGAGGACUUCUUCGCCUGCAUGGAACGGGCGCGGCGCCUCUCCCGCACCGACUCCCAGAUAUUCGAGGACUCGGUCGAGCUGCAAAAGUACUUCAUCCACCAGCGCAACGAGAUCUGCAAGGGCGGCGAGCUGCUGCUGUCGUCGGCGCUCAGCUACACGCUGAACGACGCCACUGCGGCCAUCGAGACCUUGCGCCACAGCAAGCAUCUGCAGGAAUCGGUGGAGGACGAGACCGAGACGCGUAGCUCGGACGACUCCAUCAUCAAGGACGGGAACGCCGACGCGUCGGGGCCCAACUCCAGCAUGACGUGCAACCAACAGACCUACAAGGUCGGCGAGUUCGUCUACGUUGAUUCGAAGGAGAAGGGCUGCGACCCCCACAUCCUGAUGAUCGAAAGGCUGUGGGAGAAUAAGGGGCAACAGAUGUUGUACGGCAACUACUACCUGCGACCCGCCGAAACCUACCACGUCACCACCAGGAAGUUCCUCGAGCGCGAGGUGUUCAAGUCCGACUCUCACGUGGCGGUGCCCCUGGAGGAGGUCAAGGACCGGUGCUGUGUGAUGAACGUGAAGCACUACUUCACGAUGCGGCCCGAGGGCUACGACGAGAAGGACGUGUACGUGUGCGAGUCGAGGUAUAGCACGCGGACGCGCAGCUUCAAGAAGAUCAAAAUCUAUCCGGAGAAUGCGACGGUGAAGCUGGUGCCGCGUGAGGAGCCGCUGGAGCCGAAGCGGGUGGUUUCGGUGUUCAGGGAACGGGUGGAGAAGCAUAUGGACGAGCUGGCCGAGCUCGAGGAGCAGGAGCAACUGGUGGAGAAGGAGAAACCGAACGUCGUUGCCUAUACCCACAUGGAAAUCGACGACGGCAACACCUACUACGAACAGUUCAACACGAUAUGCAGCGGGGUGGUGAAGACCGGUGAUUUCGUUUACGUCGCCGCCGACGGCGGUAAACAAUUAAUAGCGCAAAUAGACAGUAUUUGGGACACAAAAGAUGGGAAAAGUUACUUCCGCGGACCAUGGUUUGUGCCCCCUUCGGAACUUCCCCAGUCACAAAACAAGUUGUUUUACAAGCAGGAGAUGUUCCUAUCGUCACUCGAAGAUACCAAUCCUGUCGUCAGCAUCAUGGGUCGAUGUGCAGUUUUGGAUUAUAACGACUACAUCUCAUGCCGUCCGACGGAGAUUGCCGAAGCUGACACGUUUAUCUGCACGUCCAUGUACGACGAGGUGAACAGGCAGAUCAGGAAGUUGCCGAACGACAGCCUGAGAAAGUACUCUCACAGUGGGGAAGUGACGGAAGACGAGAUCUACUUCUUCCCCAAGCUGAUCAAUCCUCCAAAGGAGAGUACACACUUGACCAAGAUGAACGACAUGGACAUAAUAAUGGAAGACUCGAUGGACGGGGGUCCCCCGUCGGUCGGUUCGGGUGAAAUACCGACGACGGUGAUUAGUAAUACACCAGUAACACCGGCUGCUUCAAAAAAGAAACCCAACAAGAACAAAAUCGUCACGGGGUACAUACUGUACUCGAGGGAGGUGCGCAAACAGGUCGUUCAGAACAAUCCGGAGUCGACGUUCGGCGACAUCAGCCGCAUAGUGGGCAGCGAAUGGAAGUCGUUGCCGGCUAGCGAGAAACAGAGCUGGGAGGAGCGUGCGUCCAAAAUCAACGAGGAAACCAAGGCCCAAAUGUUGGACGAGCAAUGUUCGAGUCCGGCACCGACACCCACAUCCCUUGGAUCGGGCAUGGUCGACCAGAUCUUCGAAUGCUGCUGGGACAACUGCGAUUAUCAAUUCGAGGAGUGCUCCGACCUGAUCGAGCACUGCGUCAAAGACAAGGACACGCAGGGCCACGUGCAGGCGUACUUCCAGGAGAACCCGGGCGCCGACCUGCACUGCCAGUGGCGCAACUGUCUGCGCAACAACAAGAAGGACGUGAAGCCGUUCCCCAACAUUGCGAGGCUCAUACGACACGUCCGCGACAUGCACAUCAACAAGGGCAACGGACGGUCGGUGGCGCCGGAGAAUAGGAGCAAGAACUUCAAGCAUUCCAGUAAGCCUGGUGCCGUAGCUCGUCCGAGUUCCUCUGCAACCCCUAACCCCCCUGCUACUAGCACAUUUAAUACCACUGCUGGAACCUAUUCCACCACUACUAAUACAGCUUCUGGAGCAGCUCAGAGUAACCAGACACAGCAACAGAAUCAAGAGCCGAUGUUCAUAACGGUUCCCCCCAGGCCGCAACGUGUUCUGCAUUCGGAAGCGUACAUCAAAUACAUUGAGGGACUACAGGCUGAAAACAAGUACAUAACACAAUGGGAGAGGACUUUGAAUGCGACCCAGGAAAACAGUCCAGCUCCGGAUUUGGAGAAGUUGAACAACGUCACCACGUGGCUGGGGCGCAAGGCCGACCAACACGACAAUGUUGUUGCGGCCAUUUGGGCAUUACGAAAUCAGUUGUUACGAGAUACGUUAGGUUUACAUAAGACUUUGUAAUUUAAUUUUGAACUAAAUUAUUUAAUUAUAUAAAUAUGUUUUGUGUGAAGUACUUUAUAUAAAGUAUUAUGAUCUGUUUAGAAUUAGUGUGUUUAUUGAUUAUUUUAUAAUUUUAUAGAUCCAAAAUAUAAAUUUACAAUUUAUAACAA